UCUUAGCAGCAUGCAGAUACUAAACUUGCAGAGUAGCUUUCUGACAGGGAGAAUUCCAUGGCCUGUCUUCAAUAUAUCCUCUUUGAGAGCAUUGGAUUUGUCUAACAACAGCCUCACAGGAAGCUUACCGUUAGACAAGUUUUACAACCUUCCAGCACUCAAAGAGCUACAUCUUUCAACCAAUCAGCUGAUUGGCUCGAUUCCCUCGUUCAUAUGGGAAUGCAAGACCCUCGAAACUUUAGAUUUAUCAAAAAACAACUUCACGGGUGGCAUAUCAAAGAGGGUUGGGAACCUAACAUCGCUCCAAAACCUUCUUCUAGAUCAUAACAUGCUGACAGGUGAAUUACCAAGUGAGAUUGGUAACCCCAAACUGGAAACGCUUUAUCUUGGAAGUAAUAACCUAGCAGGCCGUGUUCACCCAGAGGUAUUCAAUAUGUCAUCACUAAUUAGGAUGAGCUUGGAUGAGAACAACUUCAAUGGCUCUCUCCCUUUUAGCAUGUGGACUACACUUCCUAAUCUUCAAGUGCUUAAUCUAGACAACAACAAAUUCACGGGGAUGAUCUCAAGCUCUAUAGCCAAUGCAUCUAAGCUCACCUUCCUUUCCUUAAACUUUAACUCUUUUACUGGCCCUUUACCAACUACCCUUGGUAAAUUAAGAUUCCUCAAAAGACUUUUUGUCGGAGCAAACAAUUUCACCAGAGAAUCGUCAACCCCAGAACUAAAGUUCAUCUCUUCUUUGACAAAUUGCAGAGAGUUGGAGACAAUGGAACUAUCACUGAAUCAAUUCAAUGGUUUCCUUCCAACUUCGAUUGGGAAUUUCUCAAAAACUGUUACUAUGUUCAAUGCCUUUGGAAGCCAUAUUAAGGGCACCAUUCCAAGUGAAAUUGGAAACAUAAGCAGCUUGGAAUCCAUAAACAUGGAUAGCAACGAAUUCACAGGAUCCAUCCCCUCCACAAUUGGAAAACUAGCUCGUUUGGAUCGUAUAUAUCUAGAACACAAUGGGCUUCAAGGUUCCAUCCCAGCUGAGCUUUGCCAACUGAAAAUGCUUGGUGACUUGUAUCUGAAUGAAAACAUGCUCACUGGUCCAAUACCAGAUUGCUUAGGGGAACUCAAAUCCUUGAGAAGAGUCUUCUUGCACCUCAACAAUUUGACAUCUACAAUUCCAUUGAGUUUUUGGAACCUUAACGAUCUCUUAAGUCUGAACCUGUCUUCGAACUCUUUAAGUGGUGAUAUUCCCUCGCAGAUUCAGAAUCUUAAGGUCAUAAGAGAAUUAGACUUAUCGUGGAAUCAAUUAUCAGGUGAUAUUCUAAGUUCAUUCAGCAGUGCUCAAUCACUUGUUUUUUUGUCCUUAGCACACAAUACUUUUCGAGGGCACAUUCCUCAAUCUAUGGGAAAUUUGAUAAGCAUGGCGUAUUUGGAUUUGUCUCACAAUGAUUUUUCUGGAACAAUUCCGCAGUCCAUGGUGAAGCUUGGAGACCUAAAUUACUUCAAUGUGUCUUUCAAUAAACUGGAAGGGGAAGUUCCAACAGAUGGACCAUUUGCCAACUUUACUGCUCAAUCCUUUGUGCAAAAUUAUGCAUUAUGUGGCUUAGCUAGGUUAAAUUUGCCACCUUGCAGAACAAAUUCCCCUUCCCAUUCAUGGUCAAGAAACAUUUUGAAGUACAUUCUACCUCCAAUCGUGUUUGCUAUCCUAAUUGUUGCAAUCAUCACAUUUUUGUUGGCAAUAAAAAGACGAAGCAGGGAAAUAUCAACUGAGAUAUCACUGGGUGAAGGAUCAUUACUUCAACAGUUUUAUUGGCGAAGGCUUUCUUACGAAGAGCUACUAGAAGCGACAGAUUCCUUCAGCACGAACUAUCUACUUGGAACUGGAAGUUUUGGUUCUGUAUAUAAAGGGACACUCCUCGAUGGAUCCGAAGUCGCAAUAAAAGUUUUCCAUCUGCAAUCUAGGGAAGUAACCAAGAACUUUGACGCAGAAUGUGAAGUAUUGGCCAGCAUCCGUCACCGAAACUUGAUAAGAAUCCACAGUUGCUGUGUUAAUCGUGAUUUUAGAGCCGUGGUACUGGAGUAUAUGCCAAAUGGGAGCCUUGAAAAAUGGUUGCAUUCUGAAAAUUAUUUCUUGGACAUGCUACAAAGGUAUAAAAUCAUGAUUGAUGUAGGGUUGGCUUUAGAAUACCUUCACUUCAAUCACGCACCAGCUGUUGUUCAUUGUGAUCUGAAGCCUGGCAACAUCCUGCUAGAUGAAGAUAUGGUUGCACACGUCUGUGAUUUUGGUAUCUCCAAAAUCUUUGGCAAUGGGGAAACUAUGGUUCAAACCAAAACUUUAGCCACAGUUGGUUAUAUGGCACCAGAAUAUGGAGAGAAAGGAAUAGUGUCUACAAGUGGUGAUGUCUACAGUUUUGGCAUAAUUUUGCUGGAAACAUUCACAGGGAAAAAGCCAACUGAUGAUAGCUUUGGUGAAGAAUUGAGCUUGAAGCAAUGGGUUAGCAAAUCUGUAGAGGCAAACUCAGUAAUAGAAGUUGUUGACAGAAACUUAAUUCACGAAGAAGAUCAGAACUUCUGCCUGAUGGAGCAGUGUUUGUUGUCUAUUCUUCAUGUUGGGCUACUCUGUCUAAGCGAUUCACCUCACAAGAGAAUCAACAUGAGGAACGUUGUGACCAGACUAGAAAAUAUUGAAGUCCCACUAGUUAAAAAAUUAUAGAGUUUUAUAAAAUGAAUGGCACAAAGCGUUUCUUUAAUGCGAAUACUACUAAUUUUUUG